AUGGGUAUUUCUGCCACGGAGUCGAAACAAAUAAGAGGAGAAUUUCUGCAGUCAGCUGCUGAUCUGUUUGAGCAAGUCCUCUCGAAACCACCCACACCGAACAUUGUGGAACUCUGGAAUGAGCACAAAGAGAUCAGAAAAGUUCUGGAUGACAUCACAAGCAGACAAGCUAAACUCUCUGACACCGACGUUCAGCUGUUGAAAGCUCGGUCAGAAAAAGAUGUGGCGGAUUUCAUGUUAUGGGCCGAUCAAAUCGGCAUUAAACGUCAUGGCGUUACUGUUUCCGAAUGCGACGAAGUCGGCGGUUUAGGGCUACAGGCUUCGAAAGAGAUCAAGGAAGGAGACAGGUGUGUGACAGUGCCGAGACAUGCCAUGAUUUCUGUUGAUCUCGCGAGAAAAUCCGCAAUUCUCAAGAAGCUGUUUGAAAGCGAGGUCAUUGUCCAGAACAUGGCGAAUGUCGGUCUGGCUCUUUUCAUCUCCGCCCAUCGAGUAAAAUCUGAUUCAAAAUGGGCGCCGUAUCUCAACGUGCUUCCUAGUUCCUAUACAACUCCGUUGUUUUAUUCGGAAGAAGAGUUGCAGCUUCUGAAACCAUCUCCAGUCUUCGAAGAAGCUCUUCUGUUCUACCGCACUGUUGCUAGGCAGUUCGUUUACUACUUACUUAUGGUCGGUCGUAACGACGUCUAUGACAAUACAAGUCGUGUAAGUGAAAAGAUUCAUUGUCUCAGUGUACUUAGCUUUAGUUUUCAUCGCUUAUUCUUU